AUGCCUCGCGGACCUACCAAGCACCAGAAGCGCCUUAGUGCGCCUUCGCACUGGCUCCUGGACAAAAUGUCCGGAACCUAUGCUCCCAAGGCCUCCCCCGGUCCUCACAAGCUCCGCGACUGCCUUCCCCUCAUCGUUUUCAUCCGUAACCGUCUCAAGUACGCCCUGAACGGUCGUGAGGUUAAGGCCAUCAUGAUGCAGCGUCUCAUCCAGGUCGACGGCAAGGUCCGCACUGACCCUACCUUCCCCGCUGGUUUCAUGGACGUCAUCGGCAUCGAGAAGACCGGCGAGAACUUCCGUCUCAUCUACGACACCAAGGGCCGUUUCACCGUCCACCGUAUCCAGGCUGAGGAGGCCGAAUACAAGCUGUGCAAGGUCAAGCGUGUUCAGCUCGGCAAGGGCGGGAUCCCAUUCUUGGUUACGCACGAUGCGAGAACGUGA